CGAAUUUAAAUAAAUUCGCAUAAUGGACGUUGAUUUAGAAAAACAGAAAAACGUAAAAAUAAAUGGUACAACAAACGGAAUGGUGAAAACCAUCACAGUCUCUUGGUCGAAAAAUGUUACCUCAAUAGAUUUGAGAAAUAAAAACUUGUCUGAAUUGAACGAUAAAAUAGACUUUCCUCCUAAAUUAAUGGAACUAAAUUUAUCUAACAAUAAGUUUUUGGAACUUCCGGCUUCAGUGCGAUGUUUAAGGCAUUUAAAAGUGUUAAAUUUGUCGUUCAACAACAUCGAAUAUUUCGAUGACGUACCCGACUUUUUGCAUACUAUUGAAGAAUUGAAUCUGGCGAAUAACAAGCUGGCCGGUCCGCCGUACUGGGUAUGGUUUGAAUUUCCAAAUCAACUGAAAGAAUUGAACUUAAGUUACAACAUUAAUCUUACUUCUGUUCUUAGAGGAGACUACUUUGAACAACUACUUCAGUGCAAUACCUCGAUAACUGUCGUAAAGAUGACAAACUGUAGCUUAAGAACACAUAGGGCUCUAUUACAGACUUUUCCUAAAGCAAAACAGAUGGAAAUUGGCACAGACGACUUUAGCUGUUUAAUGUCAAAUAAAUUUGACCAAAUCCCUUUUCAAGGCUUAGACAAUUGCCGUGAUAUUGAAAGACUGAACGCAAGCAAUACUCACAUAUACAAUAUAGAUAAAAGUAUAGAAGUUUUCAAGGAUAUAGUUGAGAUAAACUUGUCUCAGAACCAUAUACGGUCUUUACCCAACGAGUUCUGCAAUUUAACAAAUUUGAAAAUUUGUAUAUUAUCUAGCAAUUGCAUAUUGAUCUUGCCAGAUACCUUUGUAACAAUGAAACGGCUGGUUUGCUUAAGAAUUGAUUGUAAUGAACUGUGUACGCUUCCUGAUAACUUUAGUGCAUUGGAAAAUCUCAAAAUAUUAGAUCUAUACGACAAUGCAUUAUAUGAAAUACCUGAAUCUGUUCUAAGCCUACAGGAAUUAGAUUUAGCUCUAAAUUACAUGGACGAACCGAACAGUGAUGAUUAUUUGGAGAAAAAAGGGAAAUUGAGACUAAAUACAACAGAAAGAGGAAAUGGAAAGAAGGUGGAAGUAGAAAGAUCUGAAAGUGAGCAGUCAAUAAACACAACUGAUGAUGAAGAAUUAUUAAACUACUUAAAGAUCGAAGAGACAGAACCUACACGUCCAAGUCAAAAUGAUGAUGAUGGUAAUAUGUCAUCAGAAGACUGGGAUUCAGACGAAUACUGGGUCCCUCAUUAUAUAAAACCCAGACCACCUCCACAAAUGCAAUGGAUCCAUUUUGUCAAGCGAAAAAUGCAGGAAGGUAACUUCUGCCCAAUGGAUUUACACAUUGUGUCAAUUAGUGAACAAGUAAAAUAUGAAAAGUUGACAAACCCUACUCCAUUCAUAGAGGUUGAAGGACAGUUUGAUGAUUAUUCUAGUGAUGAAAGCUGAUUGGUACUUAACUUUUAUUCUUUAGAACUUUAUUAUUAUCAUUUCAUUUUGCACUCUUUAUCAGAUACUUUAUGUGACUUUGAUUUUGAUAAUGAAUUUGCUUAUACAAUAUGUUAUGAGGAAUCCCGGCCUGUCAGUGGUUAUUCUAGUACAACCUCAUGACAAAUGAGAAAAAUUUAUGUUGUCAAUCUAGACUAAUUAGAGAAAACCGCCUUGAUAAUUGUGCAUUGUUAACUCCCUUCAUCUGACAAAUAAUUAUAUAAAUAAUUGUGUUAUUGUAGAUAUUCUAAAAUAUGCUGAAAAUUAUUAUUUUUCUAAGUGGCAACUUCUCUACAUAAAUGUGUAAAUUGAAACUAGCGAAAUUGGCUUAAUUAACUUAAAAUUGUGCAUGCUAUUGGGAUUGCCAUAUACAUUUAUUCUUUUUUAUUUCAUUUCUAUUAUAGUAAUGCUAUAACCAAAUCCAGCUUCUAUGUGAGCAACUUUAAUAACUAUAGGUAGAUGAUAGCAGUAUUUAAUAAUUGCAGGUCUUUUUGACUGACAUUCAAAUAUUUGUAUUAUAACAAAGAUAACUCUAACAAAUAAUUCUAUGGUACAAAUUUAUUGAUAGUACAAAUUGUAACCAUUAACUGCGUUGUGUUGUACAGGGUCAAACAUCAAGCUUCAAACUUAAAAUUUAAAUUGAACUCUAUUUGCCUUGGGAUAAAAACUUUUGCAAGCAAUUCUCUUUUUCAUAAUAUUAUUAUAGAUAGAUUUUUGUAUGAUUACUUAUUUACUUUGUAUGAUUUAUGAUUUUCAAUUGAUGAAGGAAGAAUUUGAUUAUGGAUUUGAACAGAUAAGGCUUGUACGCAUUAUACACAUUGUCCUAGUAGCUAUGUACGUACAGGUUCCAAUAAUUUUUGUAGUGAAGUUUAGCUGUAGAGUAAUGUAGGUACUAGGGUUGUUGCUGAUGCAAGUUUUGAACACAUCAGUGGAUGCUGAUUUUUUGCCUUGAUUUUGUUAUAUCCUUAUGUGCAGUACAGCUCCUUGUGAAAGAGUUCGUCCAGGGAACUGCCACCUUACCUAUUUCUGGUGCCAAGCAGUUAUAUCAGCAAUAGUGCGUUCCAGUUAUAAUACUGGUGAAAUUUUAGGCACAUGAGAUUUGUCAACUUAUGUCUCAAGGUGACGGACGCAGUGGCAGUGCCCCUCAGAUCUAUGUCUUUGAGUGGUACUGCAACAGUUAUGGACAGGCGUGUCACUUA